CAGUGGCUGUGAGAUCACAGGGCCUUAUCUGAGAGGCCCCCUCUUAUACUGCUCAUUUCCUCCUCUCUGAGAGUGAGCUCCAGUGAGAGAGCAGGGGAGCCGGAUGCCAUCACAGCCCACAGUGAGCUCAUCAGUAGCCCAGCUGCUCCUCCCCAGCCUGCAAUCAAUGAGUGCACACUCAUUCCUACCAGUGCAUGGCGAGGGGAGAGUAUGAGCACACCCCAGCUCCUCUCUAGCCACUGGGAUGCUGCUCUCUGCAAAGCUGGAGGGAUUACUGUGCCAUCUGCCCUUUGAUGCCUAACUCAUAGUUUUAUUGAACUACAUUUUAUUGCAUUUUAUUUUUUUACAUUUUUUUUAAUUUUAUUUUUACUUAUUGCAAGAUGGGUCUGCCACCUUUGGAGUUCAGUGAUUGCUAUCUGGACAGCCCUCAGUUCAGAGAGAGGCUGAAGUCUCACGAAACUGAGCUGGAGAAGACUAACAAGUUCAUUAAAGAACUCAUCAAGGAUGGGAAGUCCCUGGUUGCAGCACAUAAAAAUCUGUCAUCUGCCAAGAGGAAGUUUGCUGGCUCGCUGAAUGAUUUUAAAUUCCGAUGCAUUGGUGAUGCUGAAACAGAUGAUGAAAUCUGCAUUGCGCGGUCCCUACAGGAAUUUGCUGCUGUACUGGGGAAUCUUGAAGAUGAGAGGACACGCAUGAUCGAGAAUGCUGGAGACGUUCUUAUAACUCCGCUGGAGCGGUUUCGUAAGGAGCAGAUUGGUGCAGCUAAGGAAGUGAAAAAAAAAUAUGACAAAGAAACGGAAAAAUACUGCAGUGUGCUGGAAAAACACAUGAACCUCUCCUCGAAGAAGAAAGAAGUUCAUUUGCAUGAGGCUGAUAGCCAGGUGGACCAGAUGAGACAGCAUUUCUAUGAAGUAUCCCUGGAAUAUGUUUUAAAGGUCCAUGAAGUCCAGGAAAGGAAAAUGUUUGAAUUUGUGGAGCCACUUCUCGCUUUCCUGCAAGGGCUUUUCACAUUUUACCAUCAUGGUUAUGAACUGGCCAAAGAUUUCAGCGACUUCAAAACGCAGCUUACCAUCAGCAUUCAGAAUACACGAGAUCGAUUUGAAGGAACUCGAUCAGAAGUAGAGUCUUUGAUGCAGAAAAUGAAAGAGAAUCCCCACGAGCAUCAGACGCUUAGUGAUUACACCAUGGAGGGCUACCUGUACGUCCAGGAGAAACGGCACUUUGGGACGUCAUGGGUUAAGCAUUACUGCACUUACCAGCGAGAUACGCGACAAUUCGCCAUGAUACCAUUUGAUCAGAAAUAUGGAGGAAAAGUGGGAGAAGAGGAGAUAUUUUACUUGAAAUCUUGCAUACGUCGGAAAACAGAUUCCAUUGAGAAGAGGUUCUGCUUUGAUGUGGAAGGUGUUGAUCGGCCAUCUUCCAUUACAAUGCAGGCCCUGUCUGAAGAGGACAGACGUUUAUGGAUGGAAGCAAUGGAUGGUCGAGAACCUGUUUACAAUUCAAACAAAGACCACCAAAGUGAAGGAACCGCCCAGCUGGAUAACAUGGGAUUCAGUAUCAUCCGGAAGUGUAUCCAAGCUGUGGAAACAAGAGGAAUUAAUGAGCAAGGACUUUACAGGAUUGUUGGAGUCAAUUCCAGAGUCCAAAAGCUGCUGAGCAUUUUAAUGGAUCCCAAAAUUAUCCCUGAAGCUGAAACGGAAAUCUCUGCAGAGUGGGAAAUAAAGACCAUCACAAGUGCACUGAAGACUUACUUGAGGUUGCUUCCAGGGCCCCUCAUGACAUACCAGUUUCAAAGAAGCUUCAUCAAAGCAGCUAAACUAGAAAAUCAGGAAUUGCGAAUAAAAGAAAUCCAUUGUCUUAUACACCGGUUACCGGAGAAAAACCGUCAGAUGUUGCAUAUUAUAAUAAAGCACUUGGCAAAUGUCGCUAACCACCACAAACAAAACUUGAUGACUGUGGCCAACCUGGGUGUGGUUUUCGGGCCAACUCUUUUACGUCCUCAAGAAGAAACUGUGGCAGCCAUUAUGGAUAUCAAAUUCCAAAACAUUGUGGUUGAAAUUAUAAUUGAACACCAUGAGACGAUGUUUUCCACAGUGCCGGAGAUGCAACAGACAAACUCCCAGCUGCAUUUGUCUCGUAAAAGGAGCACUGACUCAAAGCCUCCUUCCUGCAGUGAGAGACCCUUAACACUCUUCCAUACAACUCACUCCACAGAGAAAGAAGAGAAGAGGAACAGUGUAAAUUCUAGUGCUGAGUCGGUCAUCUCAUCGAACGCGAACAGCUCCGCCAACUCAACCUGUGCUCAACGUACCAAUCUCAACAACCUCAACUCCAGCGACACUGACCUGGAAGUCCAGAAAAUGAACAGGCCAAAUUCACUCUUGCUGUUGCCUGAUAAUGCAACACUUUCUUCCAAACUGAUGAAAAGAUUGAACCCAAAAAAUAUAUCUGGCCUUUUAUCAAGUUCAUUGAAUCCAAGUCCAACAUCACCGCUCACAUGUCCAAUGUUUUCGGCACCAUCAAGCCCAAUGCCCACAUCGUCCACAUCCAAUGACUCCUCUCCAACAAGUUUACCAAGGAAAGCAAAGGCCUUGUAUGCAUGUAAAGCUGAACAUGACUCUGAGCUCUCAUUCACAGCCGGAACUGUGUUUGACAAUGUUCAUCCGUCACAGGAGCCUGGAUGGUUAGAAGGGUCUCUUAAUGGGAAGACUGGACUAAUUCCUGAGAAUUAUGUGGAAUUCCUAUAGCUUUAUGUCCUGCCAGCAAUGCAACGCUUUACAUGGUAUCCAUGACAACUGCUGACAGCAUUCAAGAUCAUCUCUUUGCCAACAUGAAAUACAGGGCGAAGGACUUCUCAGCUGUUGCAUUGAAUAUUUGUUUUAAUAGUAAAGUAUGUCUGAAAUAAUUUGUGUGGUAUUAAAAUAGAUUGAGAUGCAAGUGCUUUUAUUUUAUUUUAUUUUUUUUUAAGAAAAAACUAUUUUAAGGGACCAUUUUAUUCUGUAUUGUUUUAUUUUUAUUCUUGUUUCCAUGAAAUGCAUUUCACUGUAACUUGUAACCACUAAUAUUUUUUAUUUUAUUUUAUUUUUUGAGACUAAAUAAGUUUAUCAGAGUUGUGCAGGCUGCGUAAGGCAGUAGAACUGGACUGAAGAAUUUUUUAUUUUUUUGUUAUUCUUUAUAUUUCUCUCUUAAACUUUUUGUUAUGAAAAUUGUCAUGCAAACCAAAAGCAGAUGUUGCCGUAUGCCAAAUGAAAUCAGAAAUUUUAAGCCCACACCUAUUAGAAUGGUAAUUUUUGCUUUCUGUAUAUUUUAUCCUUUGUUACCCACUGUGCUUUAGUGUAAAGUAAGGUAACCAGCAUGUAGCUUCCCAGAUUUGUGAAAAUAGACAGACCGAUUAAAAUAUACGUGGUGCAGAGAGAUUUAGCUUUUCUUUUCUGCAGAAAUGAUCUACAUAGAAACUAUA